GAUUGAUGCUUCGGUUUUCGGCCCGGUCGGCUAUGCGCGGUCUCUGUGGACAAAUAUAUAUUUAGUACCGUAAUCUCGCGUUAAUCUCGCGUGGAGUACAGGUCCAAGACAGCAAACACGCACUUUUGGGACAGCCUGGAUGCCUAGUGUCUUACAACCCUAGCUGCGCAAUCGCAGUAUAGCCGCAGCAAUUGCAGAGCGACGUCGUACCACCGCUACUGGCCCUCGAGCGUUAUGGUCCUCUCUUACUUCAAGGAGGCGCCACCGCCGCCGCCGCCGCCAACACUCCUCGACCGGCUGACGGCGCUGCAACCCAAGUACCAGCAAGACGGCUGCGGCGCGAGCGCCUACCCCUUCCUCGCCGCGACCAUCAUGUUCACGCUCGUCAUGCAGUGCUGGGAGCGCUACCUCGAUUUGAGGCAACACAGGCGCAUCAAGGAGCGGGGCGACCGGGUGCCGCCGGAGCUCGAGAGGCUGGUCGACGCCAUGCCGACGACCGCGGGCGAGUCGUCGCCGGCCGCGCUCCUGGCCAAGCUCAAGGAGAAGGCGCCCGCGUCGCGAGCCUACGCGCUGGACAAGUCGCGCUUUAAGUUCGUGAGCGCGGCCUACUCGCUCGCGAAGGCCCUGGCGUUCGUGCUCCUGGGAGCGAUGCCCUACCUCUGGGACGCGGCCGAGGCUCUCGGAACCAAGUACUUCGGCGAGGGCCACGAGAUCAAGGUCUCCCUGAUCUUCUACGGGCUGUGGGAGCUCGCCGACACGGUCCUCAACCUGCCCACGGCCCUGUACUCGACCUUCGGCGUCGAGGCCAGGCACGGCUUCAACAAGACGACGCCGGCGUUGUUUGCGACGGACCUGCUGAAGACGCUGGCGCUCACGGCGGCGCUGGGCGGCCCGUGCCUGGCUUUAUUUAUUAAAAUCGUGAUGCUCGCGGGCCCGCGGAACCUCGCGGUGUACGUGGGCGCGUUCUUCGUCCUCGUGUCGACGUUCUUCGUGACGAUCUACCCCGUCGUCGUGCAGCCGCUGUUCAACAAGUACGAGCCGCUCGAGGCGGGGAGCCUGCGCGCGAAGAUCGAGGCGCUCGCGGCGCGGGUCGACUACCCGCUGUACAAGCUCUUCACCGUCGACGGCUCGAAGCGGAGCUCCCACUCGAACGCCUACAUGUACGGCUUCUUCAAGUCGAAGCGCAUCGUGCUCUUCGACACGCUGCUCAAGCAGGCGUCGGACGAGGAGAUCGUCGCCGUCCUCGCGCACGAACUCGGGCACUGGCACCACGGCCACGUGCUGCUCACGUUCGCCAUCUCGCAGCUCUACGUCUUCGCGGCGUUCUACUUCUUCGCGGGGUGCAUGGGCUCGGUCGACAUCUACAACGCCUUCGGGUUCCGGGCCGUCGCGGGGGCGUCGGACACGGCGGGCGCGCCGGUGAUCGUGGGCGUGCUGCUCUUCUUCGCGUUCCUCUGGGAGCCCGUGGACCACCUGCUGUCCUUCCUGAUGACCUGGAACAGCCGGCGGAUGGAGUUCCAGGCCGACGCCUUCGGGGCCUCGCUGGGGAAGGGGGCCGCUCUGCAGCGAGGGCUGGUCAAGAUCACCUUCGAGAACCUGGGCGUCCUGGACCCGGACCCCUGGUUCAGCACCUACCACCACUCGCACCCGCCGCUGGUGGAGCGGCUCCGAGGUAUCGAUGCGAAGAAGACGCGAUAGGCGUGCGGCGGCGUCAGUUUCUUGUUCACGAGAGGACCCGGUGACGACCCACAACUAUUCAAGAUCUGCUCCGAAUAUCGUAUGAUGGACGACCGUUAAGGGAUUUAGCCGAGGGUUCGCUUCGCGCUUCGCCGAGAGCCUCGUCGCGUCGUCUGCUCGCGGUGACGUUCCUCCGCGCAGGCGCGCUCGCGCGUAGGGGCGUAAGUUAUAUUUAUUCAAGACUCCGAGGAGUCGGAUACGUGGUACAGGCGCCGGCCGGGUCUACUCCGUUCGAACGAACCGCGGCGAUGGCGUAUGUUGGGGCGUAUCGCCUUCGCGCCACCACCGCACCACGCCGACUCGGAUUACUAGCUAUAAGU